AUCAAUUAUAUCAAUAAACUUAAACUUCCUCCUACAUACAACGAAUUAAAGGGACGAGUUAAUAACAAAUCUACAAAUGUUCACACUUAUUCUGUGUACUUUAAACGAUUCGAGAGAAGAUGGCAACAGAUGCUGGUCUAAUUAUUGCUGUUCUUGUACUGCUACUAGUUAUAGGCCUUGGUUUAUUCGGGGCAUUCCUGUGUUGGAAACUCCGUGAACAUCAUUCAAGCAUAAGCAAUCUGCAGGACCAAUUGGAAAAAUUGCAAGAUUAUGAUAAUCAUAGAAUAAUCGAUUUAGAAAAACAAAUAAAAUUAUUAAAAGCGAGCAUUCAAGCUGACAAAGGAGAAUCUUCAGAAAUUGUGGAUGAAACAGUUACUUUUAGACAAAAGAACAUAAGCAAUGACGACAUACACGUGGACGUUGAAAAUAUUUUACCGAACAAUCCACAGCAUCGGGACCAUUUAAUCAAACCAUCAAUGGUCAUCAAAAUUGGAAAAGAUAUCACAAAUGCCCACGGAAAUGUUCAACUGGAUUCUCAAGUUGUUGCAAUUGCUCAGAAUAAUUACAAACAUAAAACAAAAUCAAAACAACUGGUUGGAAUCGAUGACAUGGACAUUGUUCUCAAACAGGGAGAUAAGUCUUUUAUGUCCGAGACAACACGGCGACAAACUAUUUAUGAAGGGAGGCCAACCUCUGUACUUAUAAACGAGUCUAUUUUUCACGAGGAACAAGGACAUUCUGAAAAAGGUAUCUUUGUGCAUAAAACUUUAGGUAAAUCAGGAGGCGUUCUUCAGGUAUUGGGAAUAAAGCUCGUGAUUCCAAGUGAUGCUCUAACAGAAGAUACACAACUUACUGUAGGAGUAACUUGGGAUGCAUCUAUUUAUCCAUCACUUACUAAACAAAGUUCUUUAUUGAGUCCAGUAGUCGUUUGCCAACCUGCAGUUAAGUUCCGUAAGCCUGCAAUUUUAACAUUUCCUCAUUGUGCUGUUAAUGAAAAGGAAAACUGGAUGCUCAAAGUAUUGAACAGAGAAAAUGAUUUCCAUUGUAAGAAUUGUGAAUGGAGAGAUCUCCAAGAAGAGAAUGCUGGUGACAUUGAUAUAAGCGACAAUAAAGCAGUAUUAAAAUUAGGACAUUUUACGCUAUAUGCAGUUGUUGGAGAAAGCUUGGAAGGAAAAACAGCCGCGAAGGCAGUGAACCUUUUAGCCUUUACGUCUCCUUUACAAAGAGAUAAAAUGUUCACUGUGCGAAUGUAUUGCAUCAAUAACUAUGAUGAAAUGAAGGACAUUAAAAGGGAGACAGUAAAGCUUAAUGAGAAACAAGCUGAUGUUCUGCAGCCAUUUUUUAUUCAUGAUAAUGGUGAGGAUGUGACUGUAAGCUUAAUAAAUGUUUCAAAGGGAUGGAAAACUGAUGGUGGAAAAUCUCAGAAUAUUGAUUUCGAAUGCAUGUGGCAUUGUUUGUCACCAUCCUGCAAGUUUCUUUUUCAUCCUGAGACAUCUGUUAGCAAAAUAGUCUGCGAUUUCAACUACAACCAACAUCCAUCAACAAAGGUGCGAAGUCUUAAAGUUGCACAGGAACAAAUACAGUUUUCACCUCUUGCUCUGAAGGAAAACGUAGGACCAGAGCAUAAACUGCUUCAAAAAAUGAUUUUAAAAUUAGAUCCAAAAUCAGACAAUGAUUACAGAAUACUGGCAGAGAAAAUUGGUUACACAUAUGAACAAAUAAAAUGGUUAGAAACACAAGACAGUCCUACAGAAAUACUACUAGACAAAUGGAUCAGUGGUGGAAAACAUGUUUCAGAAUUGAAAGAUCAUUUGUCAGACAUUGGACGACUUGAUGUUCUUUCAGAGAUUGAAGAAUAUGAAAGCAGUGGUUCUAUCGCCUAAAUAAUAAUCAUUUCGUGAGAUACUAGUGGUUAUAUCGCCUAAGUAAUCAUUACGUUAAAUAGGUUUCAACUGUUGUAUAUGAAAUCAUUAUAUAUAAUAUCUUUUUUUUUAAAUCCUACUAAUUUUUAGCAUGGAAACUUUAAAAAGAAAUCCGGCAAGGCAUGUAAACAUAUUUAAAAUCUUUGAAUAUUGUUUUAAUCGGUACUAACAUAUAUUUUGUUAUCAAUAAAUUAAAACAUAAAUAAAUAUG